AUGCAGCACUACGGAGUGAAUGGUUACUCUCUGCACGCCAUGAACUCUCUGAGCGCCAUGUACAACCUUCAUCAACAGGCCGCGCAGCAUGCGCAGCACGCGCCAGACUACCGGCCCUCCGUGCACGCACUCACGCUCGCGGAGAGACUGGCAGACAUCAUUUUGGAGGCGCGCUACGGCUCUCAGCACAGAAAGCAGCGCCGCAGCCGCACAGCCUUCACCGCGCAGCAGCUGGAGGCGCUGGAGAAAACUUUCCAGAAAACUCACUACCCUGAUGUGGUCAUGCGAGAACGUCUGGCCAUGUGCACCAACCUCCCCGAAGCUCGAGUACAGGUGUGGUUUAAAAACCGCCGUGCGAAGUUCCGCAAGAAGCAGCGCAGCCUGCAGAAAGAGCAGCUUCAGCGGCUGAAGGAUGCUGGGAUGGAGGGAGCCCAGGAAGUGGGGAAAGAAGAAGCUCCGCCUGUUGAGGCUCAAGGCCCGCCCUCCCCUUCAGAUGGGCGUGGCCCCACAUGCCCCCCUCCCUGUGAGUUGAGUGAAGAGGUGAAUGUCACCUCACCGGAACAGUCAGGGGCGGAGUCAGGGGCUGAGGACAUGACUGACAGAGAGGAUGAGUCACUGUCCAUCAAAGAUGAAACAAAAGAGGCGGGGCCAACCCUGACGACAGACGACAGUUCACCUUCUUGCAAACCAAUCAGCCCUAAAUCAGAUGAGCCGCUGGGUUCUCCAGCUCUUCCCUCCUCCAGUGGUGUAGGCAGUGGAGUGGCUCAGACCAAUUCCUACGCUUCAUCUCCUCUCAGUCUGUUCCGUCUGCAGGAACAGUUUCGCCAGCACAUGGCCGCCACCAACAACCUCAUGCACUAUCCCGCCUUCGACGUGACCGCGCCGUCCUCCUUACCUUACCUGGGCAUGAACGUGAACAUGGCGUCUCCGCUGGGAUCCCUGCCGUGUCAGCCCUACUACCAGAGCCUGUCCCAAGCCCAGCAGAUGUGGAGCAGCCCUCUGCUGCAGGGCUCCGGUGCUCUACCGGCCCUCAACAGCAAAACCACAAGCAUCGAGAACCUGCGUCUGAGGGCCAAACAGCACGCUGCAUCACUCGGCUUGGACACGCUCCCAAACUGACCACUGAUUCAUGCAAAUCAAUGCA